AGAAGGUGGAAUAAAAUUCCUCCAUCAACUAUUUAAUCCAGUCAAAUGUUUUGGAAGAAGAGGUAGUUGGAAGAUUAUAAGCAGAGCAAAUGUGUAUGAAAGAGAACAAGGAAAGUUAACUUCUCAGGAGAAGAUCAAAACGACCUAUUUCCAGUGACUAAAAUUCCAGAUGGGAAAGAAGAAAUUUACUGGAUUAGAAAUCUCCCUGAUAACUUUCUUCCUUUUGCUACUCAUUGUAACCAUCACUUUGAUUGCACUUCUAGCAACAGGUUAUUCUGGUCUUAAAGCCUUUUCACCUACUUGUCCAGUUAUACAUCUUCCUGAAAGAAUAGAUUGCAUCUCAGAUCAAGUGGCAACAAAGGAUCUGUGUGUACUCCGUGGCUGUUGCUGGGAUCCUCAGAAUGAAACACAUGUACCUUGGUGCUACUUUUCAAAAAACCAUGGGUACCAAGUUCAAGGAAGCAUAUCAGAUACAAAUUCAGGAUUUGAAGCUACUCUAGUAAGACUACCUUCUCCGUCCCUGUUUGGAAGUGAUAUUGAAAAGGUUCACCUCAUCACGGAAUACCAAACAGCACACCGAUUUCAUUUUAAGAUUACAGAUCCUGCCAACAAAGAUAGAUAUGAAGUCCCACAUGAAAACAUUCAACCUUUUCAGGGAUCUAAAGCAACCAAUUUAAUGUAUCGUAUAGAAGUCACAGAAAAUCCUUUUGGAAUCAGUGUGAUCAGGAAUAGCAAUAAUAAAGUCCUCUUCAACACCAGUAUAGGACCUCUCAUAUAUGCGGACCAGUUCUUGCAGCUUUCCAUUAGAGUGCCUAGCUGGAAUGUUUAUGGCGUAGGAGAACAUGUGCAUAGACAAUAUCGGCAUGAUUUUAACUGGAAAACAUGGCCUAUCUUUACCCGGGAUGCUUUUCCUAAUGGGGAUAUGAGUAACCUGUAUGGUGCCCAGACUUUCUUCUUAUGUCUGGAAGAUAAGAGUGGACAUUCAUUUGGAGUAUUCCUUAUGAACAGUAAUGCCAUGGAUUUUGCUCUUCAACCUGCUCCAGCUGUAACAUACAGAACAAUUGGUGGAAUUUUAGAUUUCUACGUUUUCUUAGGAAAUACUCCAGAGCAAGUAGUCCAAGAAUAUCUAUUGUUAAUAGGGCUUCCAUGGAUGCCUUCCUAUUGGAAUCUCGGUUUCCAUAUCUGUCGAUGGAAUUACACCGAUCUAAAUGAUGUGAAAGUUGUAGUGGAAAGGAAUCGUGCAGCUGGAAUACCUUAUGAUGUUCAAUAUACUGAUAUUGACUACAUGGAAGAUAAGAAAGAUUUCACUUAUGAUAAGAUAAACUUUGCAGGCCUCCCUGAAUUUGUCCAAGACCUUCAUGACCAUGGACAGAAAUAUGUCAUCAUACUGGAUCCUGCCAUUUCUGUCAAUAAUCUCAUGAACAAUACCUCUUACGAAGCCUAUGUAAGGGGAGAACGGAUGAAAGUGUGGAUAAAUGAAUCAGAUGGAAUAAGCCCUCUUAUUGGGGAAGUGUGGCCAGGAACAACAGUCUUCCCUGAUUUUUCCAGUCCUGAAGCUGUUCAGUGGUGGGUGUAUGAGUGCAACAAUUUUCAUAAAACAAUUCAUUUUGAUGGAUUGUGGAUUGACAUGAAUGAAGUAUCCAAUUUUGUCAAAGGAUCAAAAACUGGUUGUGCAGCAAACAAUUUAAACUACCCACCUUUUACUCCCAAGAUUCUGGAUGGAGUUAUGUAUUCAAAGACACUUUGUAUGGAUGCAGUCCAAAAGGCAGGGAAACAUUAUGAUGUUCACAGCCUCUAUGGAUAUUUCAUGUCUAUAGCUACUGAUAAAGCACUCAAGACUAUUUUCCAUGAAAAUAGAAGCUUCCUCCUUUCCCGAUCAACAUUUUCUGGUUCUGGAAAAUUCACAGGACAUUGGCUGGGAGAUAAUUUUGCAACUUGGAAUGAUAUUAAGUGGUCUAUACCAGGAAUAUUAGAAUUUGGUCUAUUUGGAUAUCCUUUUAUUGGGACAGAUAUUUGUGGCUUCCUUGACGAUGUCUCAGAAGAACUUUGUAGACGAUGGUUGCAACUUGGAGCAUUUUACCCAUUUUCUAGGAAUCACAAUGCUGCAGCAUAUGCUCCUAAAGAUCCAGCAUAUUUUGGACACAAUUCGCUUUUGGUGAAUUCAACGAAACACUACUUGACAAUACGUUACACUUUGUUGCCAUAUCUCUAUACCCUGUUUUAUAAAGCACAUGCCCGGGGAGAGACAGUUGCAAGACCUGUUCUACAUGAAUUCUACUCUGAUGAAGCUACCUGGACCAUAGACAGACAAUUCUUGUGGGGACCUGGACUACUUAUUACUCCAGUCUUAGAUCCGGGUGUUGAUACGGUAACAGCAUACAUUCCUGAUGCUGUGUGGUAUGAGUAUGAGACAGGUAUAAAAGCACCUUGCAGAAAACAAGAGUGUCAAAUGUUCCUUCCAGAAAACAAACUUGGACUUCAUCUUAGAGGAGGAUACAUUUUUCCUAUUCAACAACCAGCCAACACAACUGUUUACAGCCGUACAAAACCUAUGGGACUUAUAAUUGCUUUAGAUGAGAAUGGAGAAGCAACUGGAGACUUAUUCUGGGAUGAUGGAAUAACAAGAGAUACAGUGGCAAAUGAAAAGUAUCUCUUAUAUAACUUUACUGUCACAAAUAAAGUCUUAACUAUGGCAGUGAAACAUAAAGGCUAUAUAGAUCCAAAUAAUCUGAUAUUUGAGAACAUCAAGAUUCUUGGGUUACCCCUUGAGCCUUCAGAUGUGAAAGUGACCUCAAAUAAUGUGGCUCAAUCAUAUAACUUGAGUGUCAAGUACAAUGCUGCAGACAAGGUUGCUCAUAUAAGUGGUCUUCAUCUUAAAUUGGGGGAAGAACAUACAAUAUCCUGGAAACAGACUUUAAGAGAUAUUGAUAAAUUUGACUGUCAUCCUGAAGAACAUGCAUCAAAAGAAAAAUGUGAAGCUCUUCGCUGCAUAUGGGAACCUUCUGCUGUUGCUGAUGUUCCAUACUGCUACUAUCCUUCUGACAAUGGUUACCUGGUUGACCAAAUUGAAUAUACAUCAUCUGGUUUAACAGCCAUUCUUGGUAGAACCACUGACUCUGUUAGACUUUCAGGACAGCAAGUCCCUCUCAUUGACAAUCUUCGUUUGGAAGUAAAAUAUCAUGACAAUAACGUGCUUCAAUUUAAGAUUUAUGAUUAUAGUAAAAAGAGAUUUGAAGUUCCAGUGCCUCUGAAUCUUCCCCAAACACCUGUAAGUACUCUGGAAAACCGUCUCUAUGAAGUGUCAAUUCAGAACCACCCAUUUGGAAUUCAAGUUCGGCGCAAAAGCACUGGGACAGUCCUCUGGGAUUCCCAGUUACCUGGCUUCACUUUCAGUGAUAUGUUCAUUCAGAUUUCAACUCGCCUACCUUCACAGUUUGUAUAUGGGUUUGGGGAAACAGAGCAUAAACAAUUCCAGCACGAAAUGAAUUGGAAAACUUGGCCAAUGUUUGCAAGGGAUCAGUCUCCUGGAUACAGAUUUAACACUUAUGGAGUUCACCCUUUUUAUAUGGCCUUGGAAGAGGAUGGCAAUGCUCAUGGAGUCCUAUUGUUGAACAGUAAUGGAAUGGAGGUAAAAUUCCAGCCAACUCCUGCUUUAACCUACCGUACCAUUGGAGGAAUUUUGGACUUUUACAUGGUUUUGGGUCCAACUCCAGAACAAGUCGUUCAAAGAUAUACUGCACUCAUUGGACGUCCAAUUUUACCUCCGUAUUGGGGCUUGGGAUUCCAGUUGUGUCGAUAUGGCUACAAAGAUGAUGCAGAAAUAUCUGAGUUGUAUGACAAAAUGAAAGCAGCUAACAUAUCAUAUGAUGUACAAUAUGCGGAUAUUGACUACAUGGAGCGGCAGUUGGAUUUCACUUUAAGUUCCAAUUUUGCAAAUCUUCCAGCUCUGAUUAACAGAAUAAAAAAGGAUGGAAUGAGAUUUGUCAUUAUUUUGGAUCCAGCCAUCUCAGGAAAUGAAACUGAUUAUCCUGCUUUCACAAGAGGACUUCGGGAUGAUGUUUUCAUUAAGUGGCCUAAUAGCAAUGAUAUUGUGUGGGGGAAGGUGUGGCCAUAUCUUCCUGACGUUGUUAUAAAUUCAUCACUCAGCUGGGAUGACAAAGUGAAAUUUUACAGUGCUUGGACUGCUUUCCCAGAUUUUUUUCGCAAAUCUACAGCUCAGUGGUGGAAAAAAGAAAUUGAAGAAGUCUACAAUAACCCCAUCAAUCAAUCACAAAGCAUCAAGUUUGAUGGACUAUGGAUUGAUAUGAAUGAACCUGCAAGUUUUGUCAAUGGUGCAGUUACUGGUUGCAGGAGCCCUGAACUAAAUAAUCCUAUAUAUAUGCCAGACAUUCUGGGAAAACAUGUGGGACUGAAUGAGAAAACCAUGUGUAUGGAAAGUGAACAAAUUCUGCCUGAUGGAAGCCCAGUUCGACAUUAUGAUGUCCACAAUUUAUAUGGAUGGUCACAAUCUAAGCCUACCUAUGAUGCUCUGCAUAGUAUCACUGGGGAACGUGGCAUUGUCAUUUCUCGUUCAACAUAUCCAUCGAGUGGCAAAUGGGCAGGGCAUUGGUUAGGUGAUAAUGUUUCAAAAUGGGACCAACUUUACAAAUCCAUAAUUGGUAUGUUGGAAUUUAGCCUUUUUGGAAUAUCCUAUACAGGAGCAGAUAUCUGUGGCUUCAAUGACAAUACAACAUAUGAAUUGUGUGCUCGUUGGAUGCAGUUGGGUGCCUUUUAUCCAUAUUCUAGAAAUCAUAAUGGCAUUGGAUUUAUUGUAAGUUUAGAAAAUGUGGUUUUUAGUAUUGAUGUUUCCUAACAUGGUGAACAUUUCCUGAUUCAUGCUUUAAAAUGCUAUAGCCAUUAUUCAUGUUUUUGUCUGUUCCAUUAGAAAUGAUAACACAAGAAGAAAACCCUGUGGAAAAAGUAAUAACCGUAAUUGGUUUAGUAAGAUUUGCAACUAAAUCAGAUCUAGUUUAACUCUAGUGCAAAGCCUCAGCUCACUUUAAAUAUGGGUAACAGCACCCACAACUACUCCAUUUUAUUCCAUGUUGUUAGAAUGUGUCAUCUCCAUCUUUUUGAUCUAUAUGAGAGAUAGGAUUGGCUCCCAAACAUUUACAUAUGAGUAGUGCAUUAUAUUAAUCAGUGUAACUCAUGUGUUCACAUGAGUUCACAUGAGUUCACUGCUAGUAUUGAAUAUUCUUGCUUUGACAAAAUAUACAGAACUUCUGGUACUUUUAGAAUUAAUUCAGAUGAGAAUGGGAGAGGGAAGAAAAGCCUGUAGAAGGGAAUGGAAGUGAAUCUUUGCCCUCCAGUUUAAUUGGAAGAUGUGAAUCAUGGCCCCAAAAUAGGAGAGGGGAAAUGCCUGGAAUGUUAUGUGCAAAGGAAGGGAAAUUCAGAUCUUGGCAUUCCUCCACGCCAUGCUGACACUCCCUUACACUAAUAAAGGCUUUUUAGGUUAAACAAUG